UACAGUGCGGAAAGUGAUUUUCAACUGCCGGUUAACUGCAUUUGAGUUGCUCCCAGACUUUGAACCGAUCUUUUUUCUCACAUCGUACAAUAAUUAGCAUGUAGCUGAACUAUUUCACGUAAUUGACCGAUGGAUGAAUUUAUCAGUAGUCUUCAGAACUAUAAUUUUAUAGAUAUCUCCAAAUUGUAAAAAUGUCAAAGAUUGCAUCAAGAGUGGUUCUUGACAACAGGGACAAAAAAGUGCAACAAGAUGCCCUUUUACUACACAAGGAGCUCCAUCGCUCAUGCCAAUUCAUCUCCCAUGUUACUGGAGUGAGGUGCAGUGGCUGCUCUGAUCUCUUCACCCAUGGAGUACAUCUGGCACUGUUGGCACAUCACCUGGUGCCUGACUGUGUGCCUCUCAACAAAAUUUAUGAUAGAACUCUGAUCCGCUAUGAAGGUGCUGGCAAUCUCCCUUCAUUCCGCCAUUUAGAUAACAUUAAUCUCUUCAUAAGAGCUCUUGACAAUCUUGGAUUGCCCAAGAUUCUGCAGCCUGAGUGUCGUGACAUAUAUGAGGGACAUAAUUUACCACAGCUUGUCUACUGCUUGCGAGCAUUACAGUACCUGUCAGGUUUCGAAGGUCUCCAGUCUGAUCCUCAUGUGGAGUGUCCACCUGAUGUACUAGAACGCCUGCAUGAUUGUGUCAAAGGAUGCAAGCUGCCUCCAUUUGACAGUGUUUGUGAAGUCCUUGGAAGCAGUCAUGGCAAUUGCAUUGAUUCCACUUCCCAAACAAAGCAAAAUGUGGCAAGGUUCUGGGUGGACCCUAGAAAUGCUGACAAAGAAAAUUCUUCUGAAGGAUCAGAAAUAUAUUCUGUUCCCAGACAACCUCCAAGACCUGUUCUGUCUCUGAGUAAUAAAGGAAAAGCUCAUUUGUCUUCAAACCGUCCUCCAGUGUCGCCAAAGCCCAGCAAACUUUUAACACCCAGAGGCAAAACUAACCCAGAAAAAUGGGCUGAAAAGAAGUCUUGUGACGAUAAUACUACUCCACUUAACAAUCAAGCAUACGCGAGGAGCCUCUCUGCCCAAACUCAUAUCAAAGAAAUCAGUUCUGCUCAAAAUAGUGAGACAUCUUAUCAGCAAGGCCGUCCUGUUCUGCAGCCUUUGUCUACUAAUGAGUCUACCCCGGCUUCCAUGAGGGAAUGGGUGCAGCAUCAGAGACAGACCAAAGAAGCUCAAAUUGGCACUACUAAACAUGUCCCUGCUGCAAAUUUCUCACAUUCGUUCUCACCAAAAUCUUUGUUCAAUCAAGCUCCAUCGUUGAAAAAAAUUGAUGAUGUUAUUGGUCAUUGCAUCAGUGAAAAUGUUUCUUCCUUCAACAAACGGAAUACAGAUGGUGAAAAGUUUCAACACCAAGAAAGCAGUUUCAAUAAUGAGAUCAAACACUCAGCCAUCCGUAAUACUGUCUGUAUGGAAUUUCAAGAAAAUGCAACUAAUCAAAGUGCCUCAAGCUUUUCAAAAGUCAAUAACAUUUUUCUUUCUGGUGCUAAUCAAAAUGUGUCUCACAGUCGGACUCCAUCUUCUCCCUUUGAGUUUGUAAAGCCUCUCUCACCUUCCUACCGCUUAGCCUCUCAGAAGGGCAUCUCUGUCGCUUCGUCUGUGUGUUUGUCGUCAUCUCCGUACCGCACACGAGCAGCCACGCUAGAUACUCACAAUUAUUCUCAUCGCUCGAGUUCUUCAUCAGCCCCGAGCUCCCCUCGCAAAGUGGCGUUUGUUGCACCACUAUCCGUUAGCUAUGAUGAACUCAGUGUGGUGGUAGCAGACAGUCAAUCUGCCAAGAAUAGCUCUGCCUCCUCCCUCACCGUGCUCAGUUCUGAAGCUAAGACGUCUCGUGAACACCAGUCGGUGUGUUCACCUGGAGUCAAUUCCUCCAGAUUUAGUCUCAGUUUAAACGAGGAGGAAAUUCAUGGAUAUACUGGCGCGAGUAAUGGUGGUUCCAGUGCUGCUGAGGAACGUAUGAGCCCUGAAGAACUCGUGAAAAAUGUCAACCCUGAGGUUUCUCUUCAAGAACAAUUGCAGUCUGAUGGAGAGUCUAACGUGCGGGACUGCCUGAGUCGUUUGUACUGCAGCUUGCAGAACGGCUGUGAGUCCUCAACGCUUGCUGCACUUGAGAUGCUGAAAGAAUGCUACCCUAGCCUUCCACCUCUGCUGCCUCAUGCUGCUCCCCUCUACCACCUCGAGAUGUAUGAGGCUAUGAUGGAUGCUGAGGGAGCUCUCAGUUUGGAGGAAGUGUGUGGAGGUGUUGUCCUUGUUGGCGCUGUUGCCAACAUUAACACUGCAGUGAGAACUGGUGAUGAACGCGCCCUACUGGCCGCACUCACUGACCGCUCUGCGCACAUGCAGGAUGUUCACACUGAGUUGACUACUGAGUAUUUGUCGAGCAUGCGCGCUGCCGUGGCGCUCCUUGCUGCUGUCAAUGACCGCACCGCUGUCGCUGUAGACCAGCAAAUAGAGGAGGACUCAACCACCGUGUGCCCGCUGCUUUCUUUCCUGCACAUCCAGCAGAUCAUCGACCAGGUCAACACGGCUGCAGAAGACCGCAUGUCGCAACUGGCGCAUGGAGAGCAGUUGCAGGUGUCGUCCGAUGAAGAGAUGCAGCAUCCCGCCGCUGAUGUGAGACACACUGCAUUUCAAGAAGCAGUCGACACAGACCUCGAUGUUCAUAUCUCUGUUUCACCUAAAAAGUUGAGGAAUUCAAACUUCGGUUUUGAGCAAUCCCAAUGCCAUGUGGAAACCCCACUGGCAAAGACACGAAUCCAUGAAGAUGAAACGUUAAGGGUCAUUCAGCGUGAGGAAGUGGAAGCUCUAGAUGGAUGUCCUUACAUUUCUCCACCCAUGCCGUUCAAUUCCAGAGCGACAUCUGAGCUUGUGAGGAAUGCUUCUCAGUCGUCCAUGGAGCCCCGCAGGCUGGAGUCCAGUUUCCAGUCAUCAUUCUGUCAGGAGGUUUUUGCUUCGCUAUCUCACAAUGUAGCUUCGGCUUUGCAACACCAGCCCGACUCUGAUGAUAAAACUGAAGCUAUUUCCAGCGGCAUCACAAUCCGUAGGGAAGACUCGGUUGAGCAGGGUAUGCAAAUGUGUCAGAAAGAAGUUUCAGUGACUGAAACUGAUCUGCAACAAAAAUCUUCAAAUACUUUACGAGUGUUGUCUACUGACGAUAUAAAAAUACACCAGAACAAAACAUUGCCCGUUGAUGAUUCUAUUUGCGAAGCUCUAGGCAGUUCUACGUCACGCGUGGAAUCCUUCAAAGAGGGCGAUGGCAGAAGGUUCCUUCCUCAGCGAAGUUCUACUCAGAACAGUAGCCGAAGAGUACCGUUCAGUAAGCCUGUACAGCAACCUCGUUCUGGCGCUUUUUCAGUCCUGCAUUAUCAAGAAAUGGACUCAAUAUCAAACCUAGGCUCUUCAAGGAGAGACUCGUCUCCCUGCCCACAAGAACCGACUUCUUGUGGCAUUGAGUCCGGUCAAACUAAGCACGAGUCACUUUUUCAACAUUCUGCAUCAAAUGAUCAGUUAAAAUCACAAAUUGGUUCUGGUUCUCCUGGUUCAGUGCUUUCUCCUGAUUCAAUUUACCCAACUCCGCGGAAACUGAAUCAGUGUCAACAAUCGUACCUCAGUACCUCAUCUGACUUGCUACCGUCUCAAGAAAGACUCUCCCUUUGUGAGACUCUAGGUGCUCAUGUUGAUUUAUCUAGCCGUAUGUCUGGCUCUAGUAUUGGCCCGAACUCUGUCGCCGCUAAUGUUGCUCGUGCUAACGAAAAUCUUUAUUGGCGCAAUUAUACUGAAAGAGAAGUAAAGUCGGCCGUUAGAAUCCAAAAAUGGUGGAGACUGCAGACAGCACUUAGUCGUUUGCAGCAGCUCCUGCGGCGCCUUCCAGCCGAGCCUCUCUCAACUAAUGCCCUUCUGCAAGCCAUGGUCCCUUGUUUGUCGAUCUUGCCUCUGACUCGCGCCGACUUGCGCACUGAGAACAAGAUGCAAGCUGCUAGAAGUGGCGUGUCACGUUGCCUUCGUGUGACCGCUGAAUUACAGAAACAACUCGAUGAACUUGACUUGCACAUUGGUCUGCUGCUGACUAACACUAUGAGCAUUCAAGAUCGUUCUAUGGCCAGCCUUACGAAGGAGGAGUUCGCUACGUUACCUCCUUCGUGCGGAGGUGAUGCAAGUCUGGCCUGUGUCAGCACGCCCUCGAAGAAGAAGAAAGAUGCUCCUGAGCGAAGAGGGACCCUAACUUUAGCAACAGGACUCAAAGCCUUGCGUAAGGUUUCUCGUGAUCGUCUCCAAGGAUACCAACACUUAUUCUACCUCUUGCAGACUGAACCGCGCUACCUUGCAACCCUUAUUCUUGCUCUCCCGUGCGCUCGUACGACACGCUUCGUAGAGAGCGUUGUUUUCUCUCUCUACAACUAUGGCGCCAAUGAUCGAGACAGUUUCUUGCUCAUUAAUCUGUUUAAAACAGCUCUUGAAGAAGAGAUUCGCUGUAAAGUUUUGCGUAUUAGUGACAUUGUGUCGGGCGAGCCACUUGUGGUUAAAAUGAUCGUGUCUUUUGUACGGAAAGGCCCUGGUCGUGCUGCACUCCGGGAGAUUCUUGGACCUCUUGUAACAAAAAUAAUUGAAGAUAAAAACCUGAAUCUCAACACAAACCCUGUAGAGAUUUAUCAGACGUGGCUGAACGAAAUUGAGAUGGAGACAGGCGAGUCAAGCGGUCGCCCGUAUAACGUGAGCCCUGAUGAGGCACUGGAACAACCUAUGGUUGUGAAAAGGCUGCAAGUCACUCUUGAAGCUAUCACGCGCCUCACCAACGAGUUUUGCAGCGCCAUCACCUCGUCCAUCCACAAGUUACCCUACACACUUCUAUACCUUGCUGGUGUUAUGCGUAGAGCGCUGGCGAGAAGGUUCCCGCACAUCCAGGACAAAGAAGUGUUGAAAGUUGUGGGGAGCCUCAUUUACUACCGUUACAUUAACUCUGGCAUCGUCGCUCCUGAUGCUUUUGAUGUGAUAACUGUUGGGCCACACGAGCAGCUUAGUAGUCGACAGCGCCGGAAUCUUGCCACCAUUGCCAAAACUUUGCAGGCUGCUGCUAAUAAGCGAGGCUUUGGUAAUGAUACGCCACAUUUGUGUGCGCUGAACCGCGACUUGGUAGCCUGGCAUGAAAGCAUGCGAACGUUCUUCUUGUCAUGCUGCAGAGUGCCGCCACCUGACGCGGUGUUCGCUGUGACCCAAUACAGCGAGGCCGCCCUCAUACACAAGCCUGAGAUCCACCUGACCUUGCAGGAACUCUGUGAGACUCAUAAUUUACUACUAGCUCACCGAAAUGUCCUUGCACCUUCCGCCUCUGAUCCUUUACAUUCAAUGCUAGAUGACUUGCCUCCUCCUGACAUGGCUGCUAUGGGUGACAGCAGUGGUAAGUUGGAAGUGUGCUUGUCGCUUAGCAGCAAAUUCAGCUUUUCUGAACCGGAGCCAACCGCUGAUGCCGUAGCCAACAACAAGGAUGCCCAAACUAAGCUCUUUGAGAAGAGUAAGCAGUUGGUGGUAGACGUGUUGUUGUGCUACGACUGCAAUGGUGUGGACUGGAGCAAAGUUACAUUACAGGACGUGGUUUCAAGCAGCACUUCACCGGAACAGGAGCAACGUUUCACUCGCAUGAAAACCGCCUCCGGUGCCGACUCAACAUGCGACUCGUUGCAUGCUGCCAAGACCCGCCUGUCUCACAACCUACGCCGUCUUCAGACCUUGGGUCUUGUUUCGCCUACUGAUGGCUUCCAACAGCUACUGUUGGCAGUGGCAACUGAUGUUCAGAGUCAGCGUUGUUACCGAUCUAACAGAGGCAAGGAGUUGGCUCGCCUGUGUCUAGCGCUAUCGCAGCUACAGCAAAAAGAACGAUUUCUACGAGAACAGCGAGACUCGUUUGUGACUUACCUCUCAGCCUGCCGAGCUAAUCUGAUGCAGCAUUGUGCCAAGAGAUCACGUCAUGGAGCUGGCGUGUCCGUCACAUACUCUGGGAAACGCCUCAAAGAGAAAGGCGUCCUUGUAAAUAUUCGCGACUUCACGCCAUCGCAAUACUCGAGUGUUGCCUUCGUCAUAUCCAGAGUAGACCCAAAUGCUUAUGCCAGCACUAAAGCUAAAGGCGAAAUAGAGCACCAAACACAGAAUGGAGUUGUGGGUGCCGAAGAGAAUGAUAACGAAAACAACGCUGUUCGGGGGCAAGAUCAUUCCGCUCUAGUUUCUGGCAGCGGAAUUUUUUCUGUAACUGUCAAAUAUCGCGGAGUCGUUGUUGAUGCGGUGAAAAUCUCCAUACAGGAGCUGUUGCAUCUGCAAUACGAAGGUGCACGCGUCAAGCAGAUGGCUGGUGGAGCAGAAGUGAACGUCAAUCUCCUCUUGCAUUUGCUCAAUACGAAAUUUUUCAAGAAGAAGAAGUAAAAUGAUCAUCUCAUUCAGUUCCUCUCUGUCGCCUUUCUAUCGAUAAUUGUACUGAGCUCAUUUUGAACGCAUUACUUUUGCUCCAAAGACUAUUCUUAUUGUCGAUUGCUACUACAUAAGUUUGAAUACAUUAGAACUUAUCCAUGACUUCUAUAUACUAUUUUGGUAUUGUAAUAAAUGCUUGGAUCAGAAGCAAACAUUAUACGUAGUACCUCUAUACUCGAGAUCAUUUUUAGUACGAAUUGUACUGCUUCCAAAGAAGUAGCAUUUCAGGCCAAGCCAAACAGGAAACUUGUACAAGAAUUAAGCUCUCUCCUUUUUAUUUUGCUAAUUAGUUGCUUUGCUAUUUCCACUUGCUUGUAUAGAUAUAGGUCAAUGUUUUUACUUCUUUCCAUGUCUAUGUUCUUUAUAGUACCUUUUGCUGAUAUUUUUUCAUGUUCUCCUAAAUAUACCCAAUAUAAUUCUGUUAGGUAGUGUGGACUCGACUUCUUUGUGUUCUCUCUCCUCAUCUCUUUUUCUGUUUCAUCAACAUUUAGUAUAGUAUUUCGCUAUUAAUUUGAUGAAAUGGAUUAUUUGUGUUUUUUUUCACAAAAGGUUUACAAUAUUCACGUCUUAUUAACCAACAAUGUAUUUAUCUACAAGUUUGCAAUUUUUACUGAAACAGCUAAUAAUUAGCAAUGUUGUACUCAGAUUUAGUAUUCAUUGUCAUAUGCGUAGCUAAUAAGGUGGGUUAUUCUGAUACUUUUGAAAAAUUGGCUUCACGUUAUCCGCAACGUUUAGAGCGGAUUGCCUUUACAUUUUCUUUUAUGGUCGGUGCUCACUUUUUUCAGUUUAAUUCAUCUUGUGAGGGGUAAUUAUCUCACUAAAUUGGUGAUAUUUUUUAGAUUUGCUUAUGCAUCUGCAUUGAUUUGGACCAAACUAUUCGAAAAUUG